AUGGCAGCGCAAGACCCGUUCUACCUCGUUCGCGACGAAAUACAGGAUUCGGUGUCCAAGGUUCAGGAUGACUACAGCAAGUGGGAGCGGCUAGGGGCGAGCAGCCAGGAGAGGGAGACGCUCUCCAAGACGAUACUGGCCGACACAGAGACGCUCGAAUGGGAGUUAGAGGAGCUGGACAGAGCCAUAGGCAUGGCAGAGCGAGGCCCUUUGGAUUCGACUCACCUUUUCCCCCAUUCCUACCCACCCUUACUGCAGUUAGAGGAGCUGGACAGAGCCAUACGCUUGGAGGAGCUGGACAGAGCAAUAGGCGUGGCAGAGAGGGACCCAUCGCGCUUCAACAUAGAGCAGGGCGAGGUGGAGAGCAGACGCAAGUGGACAGGCAGCACGCGAUUAGAGGAGUUGGACAGAGCAAUAGGCGUGGCAGAGAGGGACCCAUCGCGCUUCAACAUAGAGCAGGGCGAGGUGGAGAGCAGACGCAAGUGGACAGGCAGCACGCGGGAUCAGAUCUCCAUGAUUCGAUCUGCCAUCCAGGCAGCGGCAGCGGAGCGGGUGGCAAUGCAGAAGGAGGCGGAGAGGAGGGAGCUGCUGAGAGUGCAGGCUGGCGCUGCUGCCAAGGCCGCUGCUAAGAGCAGUGCUGGCGGGGAGAAUGAGAGCUUUGCUGCUUCGGAGGACGACAGACAAGCACUGAUUAUGAGGUUCUUUGAGCGGGCGGCAAUGCAGAAGGAGGUGGAGAGGAGGGAGCUGCUGAGAGUGCAGGCUGGCGCUGCUGCCAAGGCCGCUGCUAAGAGCAGCGCUGGCGAGGAGAACGAGAGCUUUGCCGCUUCGGAAGAUGAUAGACAAGCACUCAUUAUGAGGUACGUGCUUACGAAGAGGUGUAGCAGACGGGUCAUUCCGGUGGGUUGGUUUGGAGACAGAAGGAGGCAGAAGGAGGCGGAGAGGAGGGAGCUGCUGAGAGUGCAGGCUGGCGCUGCUGCCAAGGCCGCUGCUAAGAGCAGCGCUGGCGGGGAGAACGAGAGCUUUGCCGCUUCGGAAGAUGAUAGACAAGCACUCAUUAUGAGGGAGCAGGACGACCAAUUGGAUGCGAUGAGUCAGAGUCUGGCUCGGAUAGGAGGCAUGGGCAUUGCCAUUCACGAGGAGCUGGGCUCCCAGGUGAGGCGCCAGGUGGUCAGGUGGUCAGGGGAGCUGACAGGUGGUCAGGUGGGCUCUCAGGUGGUCAGGUGGGAUCUCAGGUGGCCAGGUGGGCUCUCAGGUGGUCAGGUGGGAUCUCAGGUGCCCCCACAGGUGCACAGCAUGGGCAUUGACAUUCACGAAGAGCUUGGGUCCCAGGUGAGCUGCCAGGUGGCCAGGUCAGGUGAGUGA